CUCUAUUAUAGAAAUAAUAGGAUUAUUUUAGUAAAUGGCUAUUAAAAAUAUUGUCAUUUAAAAUAUAGUUUAUUAAAAAUCGUUAGUUGAGAUCACAAUUUAGUAAUAAAUAAAAUCUUAAUUAACCAAUAAAAUAUUUAUUAUGAAAGAUGUUUAAAUAACAAAUUGUACUACAAAUAUCACUCAAUAAUAAUUUAGCACCACUCCAAUCCAUAUAAAUUCAUAGAUUCAAGAAACAGUUACUAUUAGUAAUUUAGUAGUCUAAAAUUCGUUACUAAUUCAAACUGUAAAAGCAAAUGAAGUUCCAACUAAAACAUCUUCAUGUGCCUAUUUUGAAGCUUUAUUAGGAAAUAUAGAGUUAACUAACUCAAAGUUUAUUAAUAAUUUUUCUGUAUAGAAAAGUAAUUGCUUGAUCAUAAAUACAAAAUAAUUCACAGUUAAUAACUCAUUCUUUAAAAAUGACUACUCAAAUAUAGAUUUCUCAAAUACUACAGUUCUAGGAGGAUUUAUAUAAUCUUAUACUUAGAAAGCAUAUAUAAUAAAUACUCAUUUUGAAGGAGGUAGAGCCUUGAAAGGAGGAGCUACUUAUUUUAUUUUUGACAUAAUUGGUUAUUUAAAAAUUUAAGAUUGCUCUUUUGUUAACAAUUUAAGUUUUAAUUAGUUUAAUAAAGAAAAUUAAGGGGGAGCUAUUUUUAUUGAUUCUUAACUUUGCGGAUUGUAAACAGAGAUAGUAUCAACUCGUUUCAUAUCUAACAUAGCAUUUAAUGAAGGUGGAGUCUUAUUUGUUUAAAAUUCUUAAUUUAAGAAAUUUAUAAGCUUGGCUUAAUGUGAAUUUAUUGACAAUAUUAGUUAAGCAGGUUCAUUAAUAUAUUUUGAUUUCUAAUUAAAACACAAAAAUGUUUUUUUAAUGACAGAUUCUUAAUUUAGCUUCAAUCCCAUAAAUGUUUCACAAAACAUCUUAAAAAAACAUAUGAAGAAUUACUUUGAAACUGAUUAAUUUAACAUAUAAUAACUUUUAUUAAAUGGAUUUAUUGAAAUUAAUCUUUUUAAUAACUAGUUUAUAAUGGAAGAACUGAAAUAUGAUUCUGCUAUCUAAAAUAAUUACGGUUUAAAAACACUAUUUUAGGUAUAAAGUACUCAAUACUUUAAGGAUUAGAAUAAUUUAUAUUAAAACAUUAAUUAUUUAGUUUCUCUGAUUUAAUUAUUGGAUAUGUAGUAAAUUUACAUUUUUAAUACUUAAUUUGAUAGCAUAUUUAGCUAAAUAGCUAACACCUUUAUAGUUAUAAGCUCUAAUUUCACUUAGAUUUAAGAAUCUAAAUUCAAUAAUAAUAUAUGCUUGGCUUGUAAUAAAGGCUUAGUUUAGUUGAACAGCUAUUACUUGAAUGUACUAAAUAGUGAUUUUGGAUUAAAUCAAGUGCAAGAUAAAGGAAUAUUAUUUAUUAGUUAAAUUAAAAAUAUUAUUUCUAAUUUGAAUACAAGACUUUUGUAAGAAAUAUCUGAUUUAUAAUAUCCUCUGUUUUUAUCUUUUGUUUUGUUUAAAAAUAAUUUUUCCUUAAAAUCUUCUGGUGCUGUAUACAUCGAUAGCUCAAGUGUUUCAUUUUUUAAUUGCUCAUUUAUUUACAAUCAGGCUAGCUAAGGUAAUGGAGGUGCUAUUUACUAUAAAGGCGUAGAAUAAAUAACUAAAAUAAAGAUUAGAAAUAGCUUAUUUUUUUAUAAUUAAGCUUAGAUUGGUGGUGCUAUAUUCUCUGAAAGUGGCUAAGCAGUAUAAAAUCUUUAUACUAAAAAUUUAUUUCAAAGUAAUGUGGCUAAGCAAUUUUCUUCUAAUGUUUUUUAAUAUCCUCAUCAUAUGAUUGCAAUCUUAAAUGGGACUUAACCAAAAGAUAAUAAGGUCAUACACUCAAGUGGAAAAUUCAGUGAUGACCUUGCUAUUUAGUUUAUGACAUAAUAAAAUGAAUUUUAUAUUUAAAAUCAAGAAAAUAUUACUCUUAAUAUUUUAUUGAAUGAUACUUCUAAUGCUUAUCUAAGUAGCUAGCAAAUUAUAUAAAAAAGUGGGAGUUUUAAGCUAAGUUAAUUAAAUUUGAAUGGAGUCUUUGGAUUAACUGUGAAGCUGACUUUUUCAUCAGAUUUAAUUAAAAACCCUAUUUAUGAUUAAAUAACAGGUGAAAUAACUUCAUAUAGUUUAGAAUAAAACAGUUUUUAUUUAAUAGUAUAAUUUGUUGAAGGAUGCGAAUUAGGAUAUUAGCAUUUAAAGGUAUAAAAAUUUGAUUUUUGUUAAAGAUGCUCUAACCCAUUUUACAAUACCUAACCUGGCUAAAAAUGUAUUAAAUGUCCUAAUUACGGAAUAUGUGAUGGAUAUAUGGUUUAUCUUAGAGAGGGUUACUGGAGAUUAAACUUAAAUUCUUCAGAUUUUUAUUAAUGUAAAUCUUAAUCAAAUACUUGUAUAGGUGAUAUAGAUAUCUAUGAAAAGAAAGGUAAAAUAAUAAGAAAUUCAGAUAUUCGAUAUUGUAAAAAAGGAUUAGUUGGGCCUUUGUGCACCGACUGUGAUAUAUAUGGUAAAUAUUGGAAUGAAUCAUAUGUUUAAGAUGGAAACUUAGGCUGCAUAAACUGCUCUUAAACUGCUAGCCAAACAUGGUUAUUUGUUUUGAUUGUUCUUGCAAAUUCUUUUCUAACUUUAUAUAUGGUUAAUAGCUACUUAGGUUAAGUAGCUUAAAAUAUUUAAGCAAAAAUUCUUUACUUAAUGAAAAUAUAUACUACUAGAAAUAUAUACUAGACCAGUUUUUACAUAAAGCUAAUAACAUCAUAUUUACAGGUAUUUAUGAUAGUAAGUGAUAUCAUAAAAUCUUAGUUAUAAAAUUAUUAAUCAUUUUUUAAUUCUUUAUCAGAUCCAAACAAAAAAGCCUUGCUUUCUAUAGAUUGUUCUUUAAUAGAGCUUUACAAAAGUUAAAGUCUAAGUUUUAUUUUUAUUAAAAUAAUAUUAGGAUAGAUAACAAUACUUACUUAUGUAAUUCUCUUCAUAUUUCUUUACUUACUUUAGAGGAUUAUUAGAAAAUAAAAAAUUAAUCUUAUUGAUAUUUUUUCAGGAAUUAGCUUUAUCUAUAUUGCCAAUUAACCGUCUGUUGUCUAACAAUUAAUAGGAAGUGGUAUUUGUGUAGAUUAAUAUGGAUAAAGUUUUGUAAAAAACUUUUCUUCUGUUUCUUGUAAUAAAUAGUUUCAAUUACAAAGAAUUGCUUGCAUCUUUCCAUUGCUGUUUAUAUGGACCAUUUUAAUUCCUUUAUACUUGCUAUAUAAUUUGAGAUAAAUAAAAUAUCGUUUAAACUAACUGGAUAAUUUAAAACUUUUUGGAAUAUUUUAUUUUGAUUUUAAAGAGCAGUUUUACUUUUGGGAAUUGAUAAAAAUUUCUUUAAAAUCAGUAAUUGUAUUCAUAAAUAACAUAUUUUUUGAUGACUAAAAUUCUUUAAAGGCUUCUUUACUAUGUUUUAUAUUGUUGGUGUACUCUUUAUCAAUAAAAUAAUAUUAACCUAACAGCAAUCAAACUUUAAAUUACAUGGAAGAAUUAAUUUAUAUUUUAUGUUCUAUAAGCAUAGGCUUGUGUGCUUAUUUGUCUCAGAGCUAAAUUGUUUAAGAUUAAGAAAGCUAAAGUGUUGCAUUUUCUUUUCUUAUUAUUAUUAAUAUUAUAUCAAUAGGCCUUUUAAUCAAAAAUAUAGUUGCUAUUGUUCUUUAAUAAUAACUAAUAAACUUAAGUAAAAUAAUUGAAAAAAGACUUUUAAAUUAGCCUAAACUAAAACAAUUUUUGAAAAAAAUUGGUUAUAUUGAUAAGAAUAGAAUUUUAAAUCUAUGGAAGAUCUUAAGAAAAUCAGUUUAAUCUGUAAGAUUUAAACAAAAUUUUAUUUAUUAUAAUAAUAUUGAAAAUCAAAAGAUUAAUAUGUAUUAUUAAAAAAGCAAAUACGCAUUUUCAGUUGAUAUUUAUGCAAAAACUUAAAGCAAGUGA